GUAUUUUUUAGUGCCUUUUCAGCCAAGUUAAGUUGGCUGCGAUUUACCCCACUUCCUUUUCCGUGUUAGCUGUGAAAGAAAAAACAUGCCGCUAGCAAAAGAUCUUCUGCACCCGCUGCCCGCCGAGGAGAAGCGCAAGCACAAGCUGAAGCGCCUGGUCCAGCACCCCAACUCGUACUUCAUGGACGUGAAGUGCCCCGGCUGCUACAGGAUCACCACCGUCUUCAGCCACGCCCAGGGCGUCGUGGUCUGCGCCGGAUGCGCAACCAUUCUGUGCCAGCCAACUGGAGGACGCGCCAAGCUGACAGAAGGCUGCUCUUUCCGCAGGAAGCCACAGUAAAAUGGGACUCGCGAUGAACCACAAAUUAUUAAUUUUUUAAUAAAAUCUAUAAAACGUAAAGAAACCACAGAACCCAUCCGAAAGAAAGCUUGUAAUUCAAUUGCUGCGGUCCUUUGGUUCAAUGUGCUUUGUGAAUUAAAGAAUUAACGAUCUUGUGGUUGGCUAAGUGAAAAAAACA